AUGAUGGUUCCAACAGAACCAACGGAACUCAUCAAGAUUGCUGAACCUGGCAGAUUUUCUGGCCAACGCGAUAUUGCUUUUAUCGACGCUUGGUUGUUACCUAUGAGAUGCUGCCUAGGCCAUUACCACGUAAACCCUGUCAAUUGGGUUCCAACUGCUCUUCAUUUUUUCGAUGAAGAAACAUGUCAGUUCCCUCCUGGGACGAUGCCAUCAUCGAUCACCAUGUUCACUACUCCGAAUACCUCUUCCAUUGUGGAUGACCCAAUGAACCUCCCUGUGGCAUUUACUACAUUUUACUAUAAAUGGUGUAAACACAAGGGCCAUGAUAUUGUGGAGUGUCGCAUAAAAGCCAGUGUAACUAACAAGUUUGUCUGA